AGUUAUCGUAAUCGUUGCUUGUGUUAUCGUAAGUUGUGUUAUAGGGCUGCGAUGAAACGGAUGUAAAGCGGAGUAUCCGCAAUAGAAAUAAUGAGCAAAAAGAGCCGAGUUUGGAACUUUUUCUAUAAAGAAAGCGAUACUGUCGCAAUUUGUUGUCUGUGCCACAAAAAUUAUUCACGCAAGGGUCGUGGCACAACAUGUCUCCGAAAUCAUCUGAAGAGCAAACAUCCUGCCGAAUUUCUAACGUUAUCCGAAAACGACAUCAAGUACAUGGUGAAAACGGAAAUAAAUGAUAACGCAUCCGUUCACACGAACCUGCAAUUACACGAUGCUGAUCCAUUGGAAGUUCAAAGAGUAAGCGACUCAGACGAAACGUAUGCGAGCGAUGAGAAAUUGGCUUUAAUGAUAGCCCAGCAUGAUUACUCCUUUAGCUUCAUAAACAGCGUUGGCUUUGUGAACUUUAUUAAAGUUCUACAGCCUCGAUAUGUAAUUAAUACUGUUAGUUAUUAUGAAAAUAUGCUAUGUCAAGACAUAUAUCGGCGGAUGCAAACGCAACUGAAACAACAACUCGUCAUGUUAGAUUCUGUUUCACUGGCCACAAGCAUUUCGUGGCGAACUGGUGGCCAAGGCUUGCUUAGCUUAAGUUGUCACGGAAUUUCCAAUGACUUCCAGUAUAAGCAGUUCCACUUGAAAUGCGAAGCUCUAGAUGGACGGCACACAGAAGAUGUCGCUUGUCGCAUUCGUAUCAUAAUUUCAAAUGUUUGUCAGGAGCUUCAACUACCCAAGGAGAAGAUUAACUGCAUUAUCAGAGAUGAGGGCACCUGCACACCUGGCUCUAUAGUAGAGUGCAAUGUUCACCUACUUAAGCUUUGUGUAAAAUAUGCGCUCGAAUCAAAUGAGCAUCUUAAGCAACUAGAUGCCAAAUGCCUUCAAAUUGCGAAACAUUUUGAGCAAUCUCCCAUAGCAUACAAUCAUUUGAAAUAUAUUCAUGAAAAGCAAUUGAAUCGCGAGCCAUUACAAUUGAUGGAACACAACCAUAACCACAGCCACUUGGACUGGAACGCGAUCUUUCGUUUGAAAAGCCGCAUGCUCAAGCUUAAAGAUGCUCUCUCACUCUACGCCGAGGAAUAUAAUAUGGUAAAGAUUUAUCCAGAUGAGUGGCUGGAUAUUGAUUUGGGUCAACGAGUCAUCCAGCCGAUUGAGGAAAUUGUCAAUAUUUUGAGUGGAACCUCUGCGACAGCCUCCUCAGUCAUACCUCUAAUAGCCGCACUACGGGACUCCCUUCGGACAGAUGUCCACAAUUUUGUGUCUUCAGUGACCAUUUGCUCGUUUGCGCGAAAGCUGCUCGAGGAGCUGGAAUCGAGAUGCUCGACAAUUACUACGGAUAUCAAGUACCUGAUGGCCACGUAUUUGGAUCCGCGUUACAAACAAGCAUUUUUUACCCAUCAGGAAGCGCAGCUGGUGACUGAGGAAUUAUUGGCACAGCUUUGCCGAACUCACAUCCAGCAAUGGCAGCCGCCAAUGAAGAUCGCAAAAGUUGCCUCGAAUGUUAAAAACGAAUCGAAAAUCGAUUCCUUUCUUGAUAAUAUGCUCACAUUAUCCAACACGAGUACGGAGGCAUCUACAUCAUUGCAUUCGCAAUCGCAAUCGCAACUGAAAAAUCUAUURUAUUUAUACAAUUCUGAGCCAAGGGUCGAACGACAAAGCGAUCCAAUCACUUGGUGGCGAUCCAAUAAUAAAUACAGCGCUUUGUUUCCAAUCGUUAGGCGCUAUCUAUCCACCCCAGCUGCCAGCAUUGCUAGCGAGCGUAUUUUCGAUAUAUCUAAGAGUCUAUAUAGUGAUAUGCAAGUGGGUCUCUGUCCUGAAAAUGUUUCCAAAAUAUUAUUUAUUAAAGCAAACUUGAAAGCCCUAGAGCAAGUUUAGCUAUA